AUGGCUCUGGCUGGACAGACUGUUGGAAACGACAAGUCGGGAGUGAAGAAACUUCACGAAAGCCAACUUGAUAUUUUGGCUGUUUUUACCUGUCCUAUAUGUCUUUCUCAACCCAAUGCUUCUGCCCACUCUGAAGAGAAAUGGGAUUUAUUAUUAUUGAGUGAACACAUCGCUGAUGUACAUUUAGGUGGUUUUUCCAUUUAUAACUGUGAUAGGUGUGAGAAAAAGUUUGUGUCCGAAAGUGUUGCCUGUUUUCAUAAAUGUAAAAGCGAUGAGUUCAAACUUUCUAAAAGAAGUGUUCGCGAUAGAGAGAAGAAUGCUUUUCUCAUUCUCCAAAAAACUCUAAAUGAUGCUGUUCGAUAUCAAAUAGAUUCUCUCUCCCAUUUCUCCAAAGAUACCGUCGAUCGAGGUGUUCAGAUUGAAAUCAAUCCAGUCUCACGGUCCGUUCAAACGGAUGUUGAUAACUCUACUUGUACCUCUAUCUCCUUUUCGCAUUUAGAUAGUUUUUUCUCAAAGUAUGAUUGUGAAACAGAAGAUAAGUCUACUGAAACUAUUAGCCUGGAAGAAAUGAUGGAUUCUGAAGGCCAACAAGAGAAAGAUACUUCGUAUACUGUGAUGGAUGAUGAAUCCAUGAAAGAGAGUUGUAAUCUUGAUGACAGUUCCAACUGUGAGUUGGGGGUCUCUCGCACUGAAGAUGGCGAAAUUCUCUCCUUUUCUGCCGUUAAUGAUAAUCCAGACGAGAGCAAUGAGCAAGAAAACGAAGUGUUCCUAGGCAGCAAAGACGUUCCCAUAGUUGAUAGCUCUGAACCACCAGCCCAAAAAGAAACGAAUCUCGAAGUUCCCAAUUCUAAAGAUCUUGAAAAAAACGAAAUAGAAGAAAAUAGCCCUGUGGACCGCGAGGGCUCCAAAUCUCCGCUAUCGUUAAACACUCACGAAGAAUUAGAUUCAGAACUAGUCAUACCUUCAGUUCUGCUUCUCCUCAAAGAGGUUGAAAAGAACAAUCCUUCUUUCACUGAACCUCAGGACUUCGUAUUACCUCCACCAGCCUCCUCACCUACCAAAGAUUUAAGCAAAAAGGAUGAAAAUGAAACCGUGACGAGUAUACCGUUAAGCAACUCUGAAAGUUCUCAAGAAACUAUAAGUUUCGAUGCCAAUGGAAGAGAAAAUAAUCGAAGUAGAAGAAGACGAUGGGAUGUCCGUGCGGCUGACGGGGAGCCGGUUGUAAGCAAAGUUAAAAAAUCAUUGUUGCCUGGUCUGUGUGUUCCUUCCUUGAUGGAUGCCAAAUUGUCUCCACUUCGGAACGAUUGCAAACCUUCGGUUGGUGAAUGGACUGCUUUGACAUCCAAUGAUCAUACCUCUGACUCAGUAUGUAAAUCAACUACUAAUUCUUCUAAUCCGCGAAACGGACGUAAUCCUAGCAGUUCGACGACGAAUUCUAAUGAUGACAGUGUUUGGCAACAAUCUCCAAAAUCUGGAUUCUUCUUUAAUAACCCUUUCCUCAGUUGUUAUAAUUAUGGAUCUAACGUUACUGAAUAUAAGAAAAUGCAAUCAAUGCAAUCCCGUGUCCAGGCUUUGGUGUACCAAUCUGUUAUUGGAGGUUCAUCAGAUCGGCCAGAAGGAGAAGAGCCACCUGAACGCAAACCAUAUGAAUCUUGGCGUCCUGGUUUUGGAAGCUCAAGCAAUAAUGAAACGAGCUCUGACGCGUUGAUUGACGGAUCAGAGAAGCCCCGGAUAGUAUUCGAUGAGAAAUUUGAAGAAGCAGAUUGUUCCAGUAAUUCAGAGAAUUAUAGUUCAAGUGUAGGAGAUGAAGACAGGCUUGUAAUAGACGAAUCUGACGGAGAACUGAAAGACGUGGAAGAGAGGGUUUAUUAA